CUCGCCACCUCAACAUUCAGUCUUAAACGAAAGCUUACGCGCUGUGGAGCAUUUUUUGCUAAGCACGCUAUUGUGAGAAAGAAUCGAUAAAAAACUUUUGAAAGGACUUUAAGGAUAUUCCAUAUACGAAGUGUAUUUAUUGCAGACUUAAAUUUAAAGUAGUGAAAAUGUUUAAGAUUUUAUUAAGUGCAACAUUGUGUGUGGCCAUGUUUGGCGCUCUGGCUAACGGCCAAUGUCAGCAACCCAACGGCACCCAACCCAUCUCUGGCUCCUGCGAUGCUUAUAUCGAGUGCAAGGAUGGCGUUGCUGAGGAGAAACUCUGCCCCGAUGGCCUACUCUACAAUCCAAAAUCCUCUGGCUAUCCUUGCGGCUAUCCAAUCGAUGUCGAAUGCUCACAGGCGCAAGCACGUCUCCAGGCCGCCCAACCAACCGACGAAUGCCCACACCAAUUCGGUUACUAUAGCAUGGGUGAUUCCCGCAAUUGUGGCAAAUUCAAGAACUGCGCCUCCGGACGUGGUUUCGUAUUCGACUGCCCCGAAGGCUUGGCAUGGAACAAGGAUACUUACAAAUGCGAUUGGCCCGAUCAAGUGCCUGACUGUGAUGCCGAAGCUUUCCUAGGUUUUAAGUGUCCACCACCGAAGCCAUCGCCCAGAGGUGCAUUCAUUGGCGAACCCGAAAAGGAGUAUGAUUUCUAUCCAUCGAACGACAACUGCCAGGUCUAUUUCAUUUGUAUAGAGGGGCGUCCACGUCGUAUUGCAUGUGAUGAAGCGAGCGCCUUCAAUCCGGAAACCCAAAUCUGUGACGACAUUGAGAAUGUGCCUACUUGCAGUCCUGACGUACAACAGCGUGGACAGGAGAUUAAGAAUGCGCGCCUAUCAGCGCAGACGGCGGCAGCAGCGAAAACCCACUCCGCUCGAAGCUCAUGCCCCGAACCGAAUGGCCGCUUCGCCGAUGAUGAGCAGUGUGAUGCCUAUCUCGAAUGUAGGGAAGGUGUGCCAGAAGAGAAACUUUGUCCCGAUGGCCUGCUCUUUAAUCAGCGCACCAAAACAACUGGCGAUUGCACAUACUUGCCCUUCACAUCCUGCAAGGAACGCGCGCGCCUACAACCAGCCAACGGUACCGCCGAAUGCCCACGUCAAUUUGGUUUCUACCCAUCAAGCGAUCCAAAGAAUUGCGGCGUCUACAAGAAUUGUGCUCACGGCGAGGCUACACUCACCAAAUGUCCCGAAGGAUUGGCUUUUAAUGUUGAAUCAUAUCAAUGUGACUGGCCUGAUCUAGUUGCUGAAUGCGAUGCUGAGGGUUUUCUCGAUUUCACGUGCCCACCACCAGAGAUUGUCGAUGGUGUGGAGAAGGAAGUGGACGUUAGUCCCGAGGGUGAGCUACGCUAUUUCCGUCAUCCCAAAACAUGCAAGAAAUAUUUCGUAUGCGUUAAUGGUCAUCCACGUUUGUACAAUUGUGGCAAGUACUUGGCAUUCAAUGUGGAAACGAAGUUAUGUGACUUCUACACACAUGUGCCGGAGUGUUAUGCACUUUUGAAGGAAAAGAAACUGGCUGCGGCCGCCAAGCAGGCAUGAGGCGUUAUACCCUAAACUGUUAUAGUUCGACUGCGUGUCAAAUUGUAUUUUAUUUUUGCCAAUAAAUCCAAUUAAAUUCUGAGAGCUUUAACGAUAACUUACAUAAUAUAUUUUGUAAAU